AUGAAUAAAAAAUAAAUCGUCAAGCUUGUGUUGUUUUAUUUAAAACAUAAUACUAAAAUCAGAGAAAAUCAAUAAAAUAAAAGGAUUCAUAGCUUUGAAAAAGCUUUAAGGUAUUACAUGUUCAAAAUACUAGAUUCAGACAAUAAUAUUAGAGGUUUGGAGAACAACUUAAUGAUUUUUUUUUAAUACUUUACAUCAGGUAUUCUAAGACAAUGGGUAUUUUUUAUUCAAAUUAUUAAUUAAUUAAAAAAUCAGGUAUCUCUUAAUAAUUAAAGUAAACGAAUCAAAUCAGAAAUAGAAAUAAAUAUUUUUAUAUAUUUAUAUUUUCAUGAGUGAAACAAUAAUUCUUAACUAGAAGAGGAAUAAACUCAACGAGGAUAUAAAAAUUGCGAAGCAUUUUGCAACAGAUUGAGACGAGACUAUUCUGAAUUAUACUAGUAUUAUGAAAUUUUAAAUUUAGAUAACUGGUUGGGCUGGUUAAAGACUAAAAAUAGAAUAAAUAAAGUAUAUCCCAUUAUUACAGUGAGAGUAAGAAGCUCUUUUCAGAUUAGCCAACAGUUAUUGAAAAUGUCAAUAAAUUAUUUUAUCAUGAUGCUCGAAUCAAAUCAUAUGAUACCAUGCAAUAAUUAGAGUUUAUUUUUAAAUAAGACAAGCAAAAAAUCAAUCUUCUAGAGUAAACUAAGAAUUUGAUUCUCAAGGGAAACCUUGACCAACAAUAAUAAAUAGAUGUAAUUAUAGCUUUUAUAUCAUAUUCUAGUUAAUAUCAAUCUAAUUUAAAGAUGAUCCAGAGGCUCUCAAAGAAAUUUAAAAUAUAUUCAAACUCAAAAAAUAGAAAAUUCAAGUGGAUUGGGAUGAUAUCAAAAUUAAGAGAGUUAAGCCUAAUCCUCUACGAUGGAAGAAAUAUAAUCCUAGUAAGCUUAUUAUAUACAACACUUUUAUAAUAAUGCUUAUUAGCUAUAAGCAAGUAGAGAGAUAAAAAAAUGAAAUUAUUGUUUUAUAUAAACUAAGAUUGAAAUGCUUUAGUCAUUUUACAUAAGAAUCUGAUUUUAAUUAAGUUUUUGAUGAAUUUGUAAAUGUCAUUCAUUUAUAUACAGAAUGUAUAAUCACCUAAUACGAACUAAUUGAUAUUCUUUGAUUAGGAGAUUGUAGAUGAACUUAGAAUAGCUAUAUUCACUAGAGCGGCAGCUCGUAGACAACAGACUUAAUUAUUUAAACCGCUUAAAGAUACUGAUUUUUAAAAUGCUGAGCACAUUACUGGAUCCUAUGUGAGAAUGCAUCCUGGAUAUGCAAAGAUAAUGAAAGAAGACCUUAAAUUGCCAAAGGUAUUAAACCAUUUCUAGUAUCUGUGCCUUUUGGUAGUGAGGAUUAUUCAUUUUCAAUUAUGAGAAAAACAGUUUUGAAGAACAACUGUUCAAAAUUGAAGAUGAAAUGUUCGAAUAUGAUGUGAAUAUUAAUUGUUAUAGAAGAACUAUUAAAGUAUACAAUGUUUUAAUAAAAUAGUUACUUGAUUAAUUGAAAACGGGAAAUAUCAAUAAGCAAUCGAAUAGUAAAUUAGAAAAAUACUCCAAAUUAAGUGUUUAUAAUCAGUAUACAAAAGUAAUAGUAAGGAUUAAGAAGAAGUUAUCACAUUGUGGUAAAAGAAUCCAAUAAAAUGUUCUCAUAUCUUAAGAGAUAGAUUGAACUAAAAAUUUCAAGAGUUGAUUUAAUCCAGGGAAAUCGCAAAUCAAAUUUGGAAAAUCACAUAAAAAAACAAUUUUUCUAGAUCUUUAGAUCAUCGAUCAUUCUACUUUAAAAAAAUGAAAAACAACAUACUUGUGUUUCAAGAUUUUUAAAAGAACCUGACAGUACAUUUUAAUACAGGCAAAUAAUGUUAUCUAAACACAAUAUUUGAAUUCUUUAAUCUAAUUAACUACUAUUAAACCUCUAAGCCAUGA